UCUAAACGCACAGAAUACACGAACAAGGCUAGCUAGUAAACUAUCUUUAGCUGAUCACUACGAAGUAUACAGUUUAAAAUGUCUAAAAUAAAGCUAUUGAGGGCGUUUUUCAACCAGAGAUUAGCAGCUGCUGCCGAAGAGAUAUUCGGGGUCGUUGAAAAAACGAUAGCAGAGUAUCAGGACGAAAUAUCCCGCUGGGAGGAGAAGAACAACCGCCUACAGAAGCUGAUUGAUAUCACUAUUAAACCUGAAAUAAAGUUGUAUAGAGCAGACACCCAGCUACAGCUGCAGCAGCAGCUCCCAGCCUGUGAAGAUCAGGUUCCCUCUGAGCAGCAGGAGUGGAGCCCCAGUCUGGGACAGGAGGAUCCACAGCCCAUACACAUUAAAGAGGAACAGCAGGAACUCUGGACCAGUCUGGGGGAAGGUCAGGAGUCUGAUACCACAGAGUUCAUAUUCACUUCUGCUUGUCUGCAAAGUGACCGUAAUCAGGACCCAGCUCAGCCCUCACAUCUCUACCAGAUGCAGAGUACCAGCACAUCAUAUGAACAGUUGAAAAGAGAAACUAGAGAGGACCAUCAACUAUUAGAGACACCCAGUGCUUCUCAGCCUGUCUCUGCAGUGACUAGAGAGGACCAUCAACUAUUAGAGACACCCAGUGCUUCUCAGCCUGUCUCUGCAGUAGUGAAGUCGACCCGUCCUAGUUCUCCCUCUAAGAGUCGCUGUAAGGUGUGUGGAAAGAUGUUUGUCAUGAAAAGCUAUUUCUUUAAACAUGUGAGAAUGCACACCAAGAUGAGAGAACGUGUCUGUGGGGUAUGUGGAAAACAGGUUGAGUUAGAUACUAUAAAAGAUCACAUCCAAGCUCACAUUGAUGCUCAGUUUACUUGUCAGUUCUGUAGUAAAUGUUUCACUAAUAAUAAUGCUCUGAGGUUACACAUGCGGAGCCACAAAGGAGAGAAGCCCUACCAGUGUACUGUCUGGCAGAGGGUUUGCAGGAGGAACCAAUCUAACCAAUCACACGAGGAUCCACACAGGGUAUAAACACCACCGCUGUACUGAGUGUGGAAGAAGGUGUUUCUCUGUCCUUGCUCAUCUCCAGACACACAUGAUGAUCCACACAGGGGAGAGAAGCCCUACCAGUGUACUGUCUGGGGUAAAGGGUUUAGUGUGAGCUGCAACCUGACGCAGCACGUAAUGAGCCACACAGGCUCAUUACGUGCCUUUCUGACUGUCAGAAAGGAUUCAUCACCAUGUUCAGGCUGAGGAGACAUCAGAUCGCUGUUCACAUGCAGGGACAAAUGUUAUUCUGUAAUGAGCAACAGAUAUAAAAGCAUGCAGGCCUUGAAACACACAUUAGAGUACACAGAGAGACAGUGAUGACGAGCCCUGACGUCAGACACACAGAGAGAGAAACACUAGCUUCCACCUGUGAGAGGAGACUUCUUGGUGAAUAAGACAUGACUGAACUGCUGGACUUGAGAGUUAACAGAGAAAUUACUAGACCAUAUCUUCUGAGCAACAGGAGUCCCUGAUCAUUAGUUAGAACAGGGGUUCUCAAACUUCUCAAAUCUUGUUCAUAUACUGUCAUCUGUUGUUGAGAAUAAAACAUAUUGUUCAUA